AUGGCAGUGGAGCAGUUGGACUUUGAGACAUCCCAGCAGCAUACAGUAGAGGAGGAUAAAGUGGCCAAGCAGCCCCAGAAGAGGUCCCGUGCUGCCUUCUCACAUUCCCAGGUGAUAGAGCUGGAGAGAAAGUUCUCCAGUCAGAAAUAUCUGUCAGCUCCAGAGAGAGCCCAGCUUGCCAAGAACCUGAAACUUACUGAGACCCAAGUGAAGAUCUGGUUCCAGAACCGGAGAUACAAAACAAAGAGGAAACAACUGGCCACUGACCUAGAGGAACUGGACAAGACCUCCUCUCUCCCCGUCCUGUGCCGUGAUGGAGAUCUGAGCCGGAACUCUCUCAUCAGCUUCUACCAGAACUAUCACUGUUACCCAUACCUGUACUACCUGGCAGGCUGGCAUCCACCACUGUGGUGA